GCUUUCCAUUAACGUUGCCUCGCCGGCGACGUCAUCGGGAAACGGUGACGUUAAUGGAACGGUUGGCAACGUCACAAUAAUUCCAAAAUGGACGAUUGUAGCUUGAAACGUAAUUCGCGCAUAUGCAGAACAUUUUUAUUGAACGUAUUUGAGGACGAUGAGGCCAAUGAUUAUGACGAUGACGUUAUGAUGGAAGUUGUCCAUCAUUUGCUGAGAGGAAAAAAGAGACGGCAGCGUAUUGCGGAUUAUUUUAGCGCAACAGUGCCUGCAUACGCUCCUGAGGAGUUCUCAUCCCAUUUCAGAAUGCGAAGAGAGACUUUUGAAGAAGUCUGUAGACAGAUAGUGUCAACAGGCCACAUUCCACAAGAGCAGAUGCGUGGCAGGGAAAUUAUUGAACCCUCGAAACAGAUAAUGAUCUCCAUAUGGAUGUUGGCCAACAUGGAAGGAUAUAGACAAAUAUCUGACAGAUUUAACGUUACGUAUUCAUCCGUGUAUCGUUGCUUCAUGCGCACAUGCAGAGCUCUUCAAUGCCUGUCUGCUGAAAAAAUCAAGUGGCCCACUGGAGCAUGGGCAAACGAGGUCAUGCAAGGCUUCGAGAAGAUCAAAGGGUUCCCUAGAGUUUUAGGAGCCGUCGAUGGAUGCCAUAUUGAAAUUAAAGCACCCCAGGAAAAAUACCAUCCAUUGUCCUACCUCAACAGGAAAAGGAACUACUCUGUUAUUUUACAGGCUGUAUGUGACCAUACAUUGCGUUUUACGGACAUUGUGUCAGGAUGGCCAGGUUCCGUACAUGACGCCUACGUCAUAAAAAACAUCCAGAGGCGCCACACCCCUUGA